AUGUCGACAAGAACCAGGCUCGAGCAGUCUCAGGCUUCAAGUGCCCAGGUGGGACAGCUCCAGCAAGCCACCGAGAAGCGCCUUGCAGAAACGGAAGACUUGCUGCGCAAGGAGAAGGAGUCUGACAAGACCCGACAGCUGGAAUCGCGUCUGCAGGGCCUCGAGCGAACAGCGAAGGCUCUCGAGGAGCAGGCAGCCGCGGCAGCACAGAUGGGGCGUGCAGAGGGCGCGUCAGAAUUAGCGGAUCUCAAGUCGAAAUAUGCGGAGCUAAGCGCAGCCAAAGACAAGGAGCUGCAGGUGGCGCUCUUGGAACUGCAAGCCUUGGCGCAGGGCCAGGAGCUCCUACGUGCAGAGCUGCGGAAUAGCCUCCGGCCGCUUCCAUCGCCGCCAUGGCCCAGCCUCUCACCGCCACCCCGUCCUCUGCCCCGCAUUCCUACGAUACCCUGGCAUGGCCGAAUGUCGAAGUCCUUUCUUCCAGCAAAGCGCGGAAAGCUGCCGGCAACUUUGGGCGAUCCAAUGCUUCCGCAACCUCUCCCAACUCCUUCCAUUCCUUCCAUUCCCUCCCUUCCCACAGAGCCACAGGCGAGGCCUUUGGAUAGGGAAGAGUCGCUUGGAUUGGCUACAGAGCCCGUGGUUCCAAGACAGUUCGCAUAG